GAGGAGGAGGGGACAGCGAGUCCCUGGGCAACUUCGAGCCGGCCUAGCGGGCCUCGAGGGGCGGACGUGGGGAGAUGCGGAGAGGAGGAGGCAGGAGGAAGACCACGCAGGCCGCCUGGACCAGCGCGGGAGAGGCGGGAGGCGGGAGAGGGCAGCUGGAGGCUCCGCUGCCAAGCCACGCCGCGCCGCCCGGGGGUCUGCGAGGCCGAAGCGGAGCCGCUUGUCGACUGAGGGGGCCCCGAGACGCCGCCAUCGCCGCCGCUUCAGAGGUCCGCGAAAGAAGCGCGAGGCCGCCGCUGCCUCCUCUCUGCACCCGGAGCGAGGCGGGACCGAGAGCCGGCGCCUCCCCGGCCCGGCCAGCGGCGGCCAUGACCCGCGGCGGCGAAGACGAGGGCCGCCCGCCCGAACAGGUCGCCUCGCCUCCGGAGGCCUCCCCGGGCGGCGGUUCUGGGCGCCCGCCGCCGCCACCGCCGCCUCCUUCUGCUCGGGUGUCGCGGCUGGGCCUGGUCCUGGCCUUCCUGGCGGCGCUGCUGGCGGCCAAAUACUAUCGGGACGCGGAGGCCGCCCGGCGGCAGGAAACAGCCCUGAAAUCUCUGGGAAAUGAGGGUCUUUUUCUCUUCUCUUCCCUGGAUACUAACAAUGAUUUAUACAUCAGUCCUGAGGAAUUCAAACCCAUUGCAGAGAAACUGACUGGGAUGGUUCCUGUGUCUGGAACUGAGGAGGAGGAAGUGAUGGAUCCCAGUGGAGAGACUCUCUCUAUCCUUGCAAAAUUCCAGCCUCUGUUGAUGGAAACCAUGACAAAGAGCAAAGAUGGCUUCCUUGGAAUUUCCCAUGUGGCCUUUACUGGGCUCCGCAACUGGACAGCUCCUGCUUCACCCCUCAGUGUGAUGUUUGCUCGACAAUUCAAGGCCUUUCUUCCCCCAAAGAAUAAGUUGGAACCUGGUGACCCGUGGUGGAUCAUUCCCAGCGAACUAAACAUCUUUACCGGAUAUCUUCCCAAUAACCGUUUCUACCCUCCGGCUCCCAAGGGCAAGGAGGUCCUGAUUCACAAGCUCUUGAGUAUGUUCCACCCGCGGCCAUUUGUGAAAACCCGUUUUGCUCCUCAGGGAGCAGUGGCCUGCAUUCAAGCUGUAGCAGAGUUCUACUACAGAAUAGCCUUCAGAAUCCAUGCAGAGUUCCAACUGAAUGAGCCUCCAGAUUUCCCAUUCUGGUUUUCUCCUGCCCAAUUCACAGGCUACAUUGUCCUCUCAAAGGAUUCUUCCCAUGUUCGAGAGUUCAAACUGUUUGUCCCUAAUAACAGGUCUCUUAAUGUAGAUAUGGAAUGGUUAUACGGUGUCUUGGAGAGCAGCAACAUGGAGGUGGAUAUAGGAUACUUACCUCAGAUGGAGCUGGAGUCUCUGGGACCAUCUACCCCUUCAAUGAUUCAUGAUGAAAAUGGGAAUGUGAUUGACAGCAGAGAAGGAGAACCAAUUCAGUUUAUUUUUGAGGAGAUUUCGUGGCAGAGAGAAAUAAGCUGGGAAGAAGCAUCUGGGAAACUGGAAGUGGUCAUGUAUCCAUUUAAGAAAGUUUCCUACUUUCCCUUUACCCAGGCUUUUGAGAAAGCCAAGUCUGAGGGUAAACUUGUUCAUUCCAUACUCUUGUGGGGAGCCUUAGAUGAUCAGUCAUGCUGAGGUUCAGGGCGAACUCUCCGGGAAACAGUCCUGGAAAGUUCGCCCAUCCUUGCAUUCCUGAAUGAGAGUUUCAUCAGUACCUGGUCAUUGGUGAAGGAACUGGAAGAUUUACAGGGUAAACGGGAUGAGAUCACCAGCAAACUUGCAGACCUACAUCUUGAAAAGUAUAACUUCCCUGUGGAGAUUAUGAUCUGCCUGCCCAAUGGCACUGUGGUUCAUCACAUCAAUGCCAACUAUUUCCUGGAUAUUACUUCUAUGAAGCCUGAAGAAGUUGAGAGCAGCAUCUUUGGCUUCUCCUCCAGUUUUGAAGACCCUUCAACAGCAACUUACCUCCAGUUCUUGAAGGAAGGACUUCAGAAAGCCAAACCACACCUGUAGCCCCGAGACCAAGAAGGAAACAAGGGCCCUCCUCUUGAGCAAACGUUAACAGUGAACGUUCCUGCUUCUUGUGUCUUUGGAGCUUAGGCCUAACACAGUAUUGAAAAACAAAUGUUGUAUGUAAAUGAAAAUUCCCCUUAAGCAGUUAAGUGUUCCUUGGAAACACGAAGGUCUGAUAUCUGAAAUUACCUGCAUAAUGUGAAGGAAGCUGCCCAGGUAUCUUUCUUGGUGAUAAAUUGUGGGAUUAUUCUAAAACUAAUCAGGCUACAGGAAGUGGUACUUAGGAGACAGUGCAGUGCAAAGCAUGGAGAUUGAGUAUGAGGCUGCAGUGAAAUGCCAGCCGCUUGGAUUUCUGACUCCUUUGGUGCAGUUCUCAGCCAAAACCUGGUGAGUUGAUUCCUUAGUGAGAUACCAUCGUUUCUGCAUCAAACCAAUCCCCUUCAGGAUCCUGAAUUUAUAGUACUUAAACACGGUUUUACACGUUAGAACUCUUAAGUUGCAAAUGGUGUCAGAGGAUCUCAAGGAGUCAUACAUAUCUUGAAGUUGAGAAACACCAGGCAGGAUCUCUAUAUGUGUGUCUCUUGUUGAUGCUCGCAGGAUUCCUGUUUGAUGCCGUUAUGGAGAUCAUUCCCUUAAUCCAGAGUUUCCCAGUUCGUUACCCUCCAAGCUGCUGCAAAUAUAGUUCCUAGAACACCAAGACAAUAUCCUCUUGGCUGGGAAUUCUGUGAGUUGUAGUCUCAUCCACCAAAGCCUCCACUCCCUUUGACUAUUCCUCUAGAGCAGGGAUAGGCAACCUCGGCUCUUUUAUGACUCAUGGACUUCAACUCCCAGAAUUCCUGAGUCAGCUGUGCUGACUCAGGAAUUCUGGGAGUUGAAGUCCAUGAGUCAUAAAAGCCGAAGUUGCCUACCCCUGCUCUAGAGCCAGAUUUAGUCCCAAAUCUUCCAUUUAUUAAUCUGUUAACCUUUACCACCACCGAGAAUAUCUUACACUGCUCAAAGCACCCACGGUAUAUGAAGCGCAGUCCCAGGAAUUAUGCUGUCCUACAUCAAGCAUUUGGAAGUGCUUACUAAUGUUUUUGGUCACAAAGAGCGAGUCCCAGUCACAGGAAUUUAAUACUGCUACAAUUGUUGAUACCCUCUCAGUUGUGAGAUGGUCUUCAAAACGGGGUCUCAUAGCCUGUGGGUUUUUUUCCCCUCCUUUAUUUCAUGUUCUGCACAUUAAUUUCUCCUGUUUCUAAUUUCUUGACUGAAGGAAAAGACGUGUGAAUUCAGUUGAGAACAGGAGCAUUCAGAGAUAAGCAAUAUAUCUUGUAACCCCCCCAAAAUAUGUUCUUCCUCUCCUGAUCCCAUGAUGGAUGAUGAUGUUAUUUGUUCAUUGGUGUCCGACUCUUGAUUCUAUGGACCAGGUCUUUCCACAUCAUCAGAUCUUACACUUCUUGUUCUAUGUUCUGGCUGGUGUCAGCUUUGAUGGUGUCCAGCCACCAUAUUCUUUGGUGGCCUGGUUUCCUCUUAUAGCUAACUCUUUCAAGCACAAUUGCUUUCUUCAGCGAAUUCCCCUUUGCCUUGUUCAUAGAAUUUUAUACUAGACCCCAAACGGCGUCUCUUCUUUUGAUUUUUUUUUUACAUGUUUUUUUCUAGGAUUUAUUUGAGCGGUAGGUUGGGGGUUUUGUUACCAGAAAAAGAAAAUCUAUAGAAGACAGAUAGCUUGUAGAAAAUAUUUUGGGAAUGAAGUAAUAUUUGUAGCCUUAUUGGGUUUGUUUUUAAAUAAUGUAAAAGUGAGCCAGUAUUUUUUAUAAACAAAUGUGUUCUGACUUAGGCACUCUGGGUGGUCAAGCCACCAUCUGGAUUGAAAUCAGCACACUGUUAAAAGUCAGGCUUCUUUUUUCCCUUUGAUUCAAGUUACAAAAGGACCUACCAGUGUUAAGCCUACCACAUCACAUAUGCUCUGAAGUCACUUACAGAGUCUUUAAUAUAAAAGCAGCAUAUCAGCAAGAAGGUGGUGUCUAAGGAUAGCCUCAGUUUACAAACAACAGCAGCAGCAACCUUUGCAGGCUUUUAUUUUUGUUUUAGAAACCUACUCAAAUGAUUUAAAUGUUGCAUAAUCUAGGUCUCUGUAUUCAUGCGGCAGUCUGCUCUUGUUCAUCUCUUGAUCGUUCUUAAUCUACGCUCUCCUGAAUUUUUUAAUCCGCUUGGAACAUUUCCAUAUAUCCCUAAUUCCCUUCUUGGGACAUUCUGUGAUCAUCAUAAUUCUUUCUACCUAGUUCUGUGUUGCCAUCCUUUGUCUCUGGGUUCCUUAUGUCUCUUGGUGACAUUAGUAGAAAUGUGGUCUGUGUGGUCACGCUUAUCUGCAGUGGAAAGCUGUAAUGUUUGUCAAAACACUCUCUUGUGAGAUGGAAUCCAACAAGUGCAUGGUAACUUGGAUGGAACUAUCACAGGGGUGUCAAACUUGCAACGUCACGUGACGUGUCGUGACGUAUCACAACUUUUUCCCCAUUGCCGGCAAUGGGGUGGGCGUGGUUUCAGCGUGACACAUCCGGCUGGCAGUUUGACACCUCUGAACUAUCAUAAUGGUUGCAUUCCUGUGUCACCCCAAUUUGCUUCAUAAGCAAGCUCAACUGAUGGUUUGCAAACCAUGAUUUAUACAUGUAGCCUAUACUGGCUUGUUCAGCAAACCAUAGAACAGCAAUGUGUGAACUCAGCCUAUGUGGCCAAGCAUUUUUUGUGAACCCAUGUGUUAAAGUGGAGCUCACAUUUCUAAUAAUUGGCAUUUAAGCCACUGGUACUAACAGCUGUUACUAACAGUAACUAUUGUCGCUUUCAUGUGUUUAUUAAUCUUUUAGAAAUGUAUGCUAUUAUGUUCCGUGACAAAGAAAUCCCACAGGUGCAUCAGUAUUACUGUAUACUUAAUUUGUAUUAAUUUGCGUAUGUUAGUAUAAUGUGGAGCUUUAUUAAGCCAGUUUUUCUUUGCAAAGAUAACAGCAUUACUACUGCAAAUCAGAGGGAGCCUUAGUUUAGAACACAGGGCUACUGUCGUGUUUUAAUGUAAAAGAAACAGAAGGGAGCACAUCCACAUUAACUCUAAAU